AUGACAAAAAGAGUGUACUACUAUACACUCAACCGAUCACAUACUAUUAGCAAGCUAGCUCUCAAAAAGAAAAAGAAGAAGAUGACAAAAGGAGCAGAACUUUCACUCAAGGUAUUAAAAGAGGUUAGGGAAGGAGCAGCCAUCUCCCAAGUGGCCCGUAAAUAUAGUAUCAAUGAAACGACUAUUAGAAGAUGGGCCAAGAAACCGAUGGACCAAGACUCGAUCAAGAGUCGUGCCAAAAAACAGGGAAGAAAGAGAAAGAUCAACGCCGACAUUGAAUACAAUGUUUUGCAGUGGAUUUCCAAUACCAAGGGUGUCCACAUUCCAUCACUAGAGAAUCAUCCUGCCCUUCGAAAGACUUCAUCCAAAAAGAAGUCGGCCGCUAAAACUGGUGAUGGUAGCAGUGGUGGUGGUACUAGCACCUCUGACACUACUACUACUGCCGGAGGAUUGACUAUCGAUGACUCUAUCACAAUCGGUGGUGACGAUUAUGACUAUGACGAUGACGACGAUGAUGAAGAUGAUACUGAAUCAACUCAAGAAGAAGAUCCAAAUAUCAACGAAGAAGAUAUCAUCUUGUUAACAAAUGAUCCAGAUGAACAACAACAACAACAACAACAACAACAAUUACAAACACCUUCAAAACAACUUGGAGAUCAAGAAAAUAACAACAACAACAAAUUGGAAUUGGCUUUAACCAAGGAUACGGAUACAUCUACAACUACAACAACCUCUACAUCCUCUACUACAACUACUAAAGAUACGGUAGUUGCUGACGACAAGACCAAAGAGAAAGAAGUAGCAGUAGUCGUGUCCAAAGACAAGGACAAAAAGGACAAAGAAUCAACCAACAAGGAAAAAGACAAAGAAACCAAAGAAAGAGAAGCCAAAGAGAAAAAGGAAAAGGAGAAAAAGGAAAAAGAAAAGGAGAAAAGAAAAAGAAAAGGAAAAGAAAAGGAAAAGGAGAGAAAGGAAAAAGAGAAAGAAAAAGAAAGAGAAAAAGAAAAAAAGAAAAAGAAAAAAGAAAAGGAGAAGAAAAAGGAACUUGAAAAAGAGAAAGAGAAAGAGAAAGAAAAAGAAGAGGAAAAGGAAAAGGAAAAGGAAAAGGAAACUACUAGUACUAGUAGUAGUAGUAGUGGAGGAAAAAAGAAAAAGGGUAGUGACAAGGUAUCUGUAAAAAAGGAGGAGGAGGAGGAGCAAGAAAAACAAGAAGAUGUAAAAAGUAAAGAUAAAGAUGUAAAUAGUAAGAAAAAGAAUAGUAAAUCAAAAUCAAAGAAUGAUAACAAAGAACAACACCAACAAGAACCGACAACAACAGCAACUACAACACCAACUAUAACACCAACCGACGAAUCAACAGAAAAACAAAUCCAAGAGGAAAAUAAUAAUAAUAAUAAUGAUUUAAUUACAACUACAACUAGUACUGCUAGUUUACCAAUCCUUUCUACUACAACCACUACCUCUACAACUACUAUUGCUAAUGAAGAACCAGAAUUAAUCAUUGGAAAUAGUGAAAAUACAACUCCAGUACCAUCUUUGGCAACAAGUCCAAUUAUUUCCAUGACCAAUUCCAUCUCACCAGUUACCUCUGCUACUUCAAUACCUGUCGAUCCUAUGGUUUUGGAGGAUAUUCAUACCACUAGCACUACAUGUAUAUUGACAACUUCAACCACUUCAACCACUUCCACUUCCACUACUUCUACUCCACCACCACCACCCCAUCCAGAUUUGACCAAGACAGACACUCAAAUGAUGGAUUUUAGUGGUGAUAAUAAUAAUAAUAAUAAUAAUAAUAAUAAUAAUAAUAAUAAUAAUAAUAAUAUGAUGCAAGAUGAAGAAGAAGAUUAUGGAGGUAUAAGUUUUACAAAUGCACCAGUCAUUCAAAAUCAAGAUGGUGUCAUUCAACAAGGUAUACAACAUGCUUUGAUUGGUGUCCAAAAUGCUAUGCAUCCAGCUCCAGUCAUUGACAUGAGUAGUGUCAACAUCCAACAAUAUAUCUUGGAGACUUAUAAUAUUGACUUGACUCCAUCCUACAUCUCACAGAUGAUGAAGAGAAAUAAUAUCACCCUUUCUCGUCGUCCAAAGGGUCCCCCAGCACCUAGAGGAGGAGCACAGGGAGGUCAAGUCGGUGGAGUACCAGGAGUAGGAGGAGUAGGAGUAGGAAGUGGUAUGGGAGGUGGUAUGGGAGGUGGUGUGGGAGGUAUUGUUGGAGGUAUUAAUGGGAAUACACCUAUUAGACGUGCAACUAAACGUUCCAAGAGCUCGAAUAUGCCAGGUCUUAAUGGCUCUACAUCUAAUAUCCAGCCUGCCCCACAACAGAUGAUCGAUCAACAGGCCUAUCAACAGAUCCAAGCUGCCGGUCUCAUUAUCUCGACCGACUCACCUAUUGGUCUGUCGCCUGCCAACCCAGCUGUUCCUCCCACGAGCACACCGCUGCGUUCGCAGUUUGGGUUCCACCAUCACCAUCAUCAUCAGUCCAUUUCUAUACCUUUCACAUCCCAUGUACAUAAAGACGUCCCCAAGCCCAUCCAACCUAUCCAAUCAGUCGUUUCUCCACAACAACAACAACAACAACACCAACAACAACAAACACAACAACAUCAAGAGGACACACCACAACAAUUCCAUGAAAUUGUUGUUGAAGUUAGUUUCAAUAAUUUGACUCAAGACGACCACCACCAUUCUCACUCUAUUCCUCAAGACCAACAACAACAACAACAUCAUCAUCACCAACAACAACAACAACAACAUGUCGAACAAGAACAUCAACAUAUGGAGCCAGAGGUUAUCCAACAAGAACAUCAACAUGGUAUGCAAAUCGAUGAGAUUCACCAACAUGAUCACCAACAACAUCAUCAUCAUCAACAACACUUGGAAGAGGGACAACAACAACACGACCAACAUAUGGAGCAUCAACAUCAACAUCAAUACCAUGAACAAGUUAUUGAGACAUAUGAUCACCAACAACAACAACAACAUGAGGAUCAUGGUCAUGGUCAUGAACACGAACACCAUCAUCACCAUAUGCAAGUGGAUGAACAACAUCAACAUCAACAUAUGGAACAAUACCAUGAACAAGGAGGUAUGGAAACUUAUGAGCAACACCAACAACAUCAAGAGGAACAUGGUCAUGUCCACGAACACCAUGGUCACGAACACGAGCACCAUCAUCACCAUAUGCAUAUGGAGCAUCAUCAUCAAGAUCAAGAAUCACACCACCAUCAUCAAGACCAAGAAUCACACCAUCAUCAUCAAGAGCAUAUUCAUCAAUCAACAGACCACUUGCACCAUUCAACAGAAGACUUGCAUCAUUCAACAGCAGCUUUACACCAUUCAACGGCAGAUUUGCAUCAUUCAACGGCAGAUUUGCACCAUUCAACGGCGGAAAUCCAACAAGAUGGACAUUAUUCUCAUCAUCAUCAACAUCAACAUCACCAACAACAAGAUCAUCAGGAUCAAGAAGAAGAGGAGAUUAUUCUAUUGCAAAGCGACCAAUAUCACCAAGUUCAACAAGAAUAUAUGGAACAACAAAUGCAAGGUCAUGUCGAUCAUCACCACCAUCAUCAUCAUAUGCACCAAGAGAUGGAAGGACAUUCUGAGCACGUUGAACACAUUGAUCAUCACCACCAACACCAUCACCACGAGAUGGUCGAUCAACAUCAUCAAGACCAACAACAACAACAACAACAUCAUGAUCAAUCAUUACAUAUAGUUGAAGAAGAAGAGAUUAUCCAUCAUGGUCAUUUCCAUAGUGACUUGCAUUUACAUCUUCCGCCAGAUUUAAUUGUUGGAGCACCAAAUAGUGUAACUGGUCUAUUGGUAGGAGCCCCACAUAGCACAGGACUUAUAGUUGGAGCACCACACAGUACUGCACUCUUGGUUGGAGCACCACAUAGUACCGGUCUUGAAAGUUCAAUGAUUGUUUUACAAGCUGUUGAGGCAGCCCAAGCAGCCUCGGGUGAUGUCCUAGACGAUGUUCUUCAACACGUUGAAAAAGCAAUGAAUGAAGUUGCCUCAGACGACGAAGAAGAGGUAAUGGCUCAAGGAAAAGUUGAUCAAAUUGUCUUGGAUCAUUUAAUUCCUCAUUAA